CGUUCACUCCCCGCCCAGCCCCGCCCCGCCCCCAUUGCCAUACCCCUCCCAGCCAAAGCUCCUUCUGGUAAGCCGAGUGCAAGAGAGCGAACGAUAUCCACAAGCUUCGUCAUGUACGUGCAACUGUAAAGCUGUUUACAAAAUCUCUGUGCAGAGAUUUGGACCAACUUCUACUACAUGUACAUGUUUAGUGAAAAAAAAAAUUUUUUUUGAAAUUUGAUAAAAGAAGCCGGCGGUAAAUGACCGGGUAGCCGGUGAAAUCGCUGGCAGUAUGGGUGCUUCGUGACAAUACUGCCCCAUGUGAGACUUGGGUAUUUAUUUUCUGCCAUAUUUACCCGUAUGGAGAUUUAUUUUCCUGUGAAAUACCAGGGAAAUCCAGUGUUGCCGGAGUUAGUUGUAGUCUUGAUUAAAACAAGAGUCAUGUAACACCGUUCCUCGUGGACACGGCAUAACAUCUUACAGUCAUCCACUAGGAUCCUUGUCAUACUCUUGUUUGCGGGAUGAAAUGUGCAAUUUCGUUUGGGCGUUUCUGAUGUGAUCUUUUUUUUUUUAGGGGGGGGUUACACUUUGUUAAUUAACCCUCGGCCCUUCCAUUCCCUUCAAAAACAGCGCCAUGCCUGACAAUUACCAGGAAGUAAAGUACACUGUAGGGGGUUACCCCCUGUCUUGUUCAAGAUCCACUUGUGUCAUUGAGAGAAUUAUCGGUCGUGGAUUUUGAACUGUAGUGACAAAGGUAAAAAUUGUCGUUUUUGAAUUUUUGUUCUCUUUGGGCAGGUACAUGAUGUAUAAGUACGUUGUUCGUAUUUCCGAAUGUUCCCUCACGUAUGACUGAAAGCGAUGCACUGAGGGGGUUGAAUUUCAUGUUGACUUAAAAUAUGGCGUGAAAUGAUCUCAACACGCACAUUAAAAAUAACGCAACUAGCAACAAUCAGCAAUCUGAUUGUUAAAGUAAAUCGAUAACUUAUCAUGGCGUACAGUCAUAAUGAACAGUCCCUGCAGCCAUUAUGAUCAAUUUGUGAUUAAUGGAAUUCAGACGAGGCGAAGUCUAGAUGUCAAGUGGUUCACCUGUGUGGUUGCUGUAGCGAUCAUAAAGAUCACGCAAUAAUCAUCGCAACACCACUCUGGCUCAACCAUGAGUCCGUGACUCCAUGCCCACAUGCAAAAUGUUGGUAAGUUCUUUCGACAAAAGCUUAUAAUUAGACUGCUGUACGAAAUUUUACCUCUGUCACUUUUAUUGUUAACAUGGAUGAGGUAUAUUUCAACUGCUUCAUUCCAUUAAGCUCUGUUUGCAACAGGAAGGUUUUACAUGCCCAGGCACGGAUGCUAUUAUAUUCAUUAAUUAAGUGGCACUGUAGAAAGAUGAAGUUGCUGGAUUUGAAAGGAGCGCUCCGACCUGUGCUUUGAAAUAAAUUGCCGGCUUCACUUACUGUGACGCGUCAUGCACAUUGGCAGAUGUUGACAGAGGGAAUCGCUGGACCUUGUUGGGCUCGUGUGUUGUUUUUAACAUUUCUUUCACUUGAUACAACCAACUAACCCGUGGUAUGAGCGAAAAGCAUUGUUGCUAUGAAUUGCAGACGUGAUCGAGUUGGCCCAUAUACCCGGGACAUGGUAAUGGGUAUUUUACAACGACCGUGAGACCAAGAUGUUUUUGUUGCGCGAAAAUACCGGUCAUAUCCAAUAUCCAGACUUCAUUGUGAAUUUCCUCUAUACGUGUAGCCAAGGUUUUGUCAUCGAAUACUUAUUUGUGUAGUGCUGGCGUCAAAACGAUUUAACUUGGCUCUGCUGUGAAAAUUAAGUCGAGAAUACCGCUUCUGCUAAUGCAUAGAAAGUAACUUAAAACGUACACUGCGGCAGAUACUGCAUAUAUGAGUGUACUUGUGUGUUCAUUUGCCCAGUGGAAGAAGCAGCUACAUGACUGUAAAGUCAAAAUAACGUCUUCAGACAAUGUUGAUUGGCUCAUCACUGGUAGGUUUGUCUCUCACCAACUUUACGCAGUUUUGUAAUUCAUGAAAUAGAGACGGUUGGACGGCUUCGAUUGUUCACAUUAUUGUCUCAAUACUUGACCCGUCGGUGAUGAGGGGGUUCGAACCCUGCACAUUUAUCCAUGUAUCCCAUCUACAUUGUACAAAAAUAGGCCUAUUUUAUUGUUUGCAUAAGGGGGAACCGGCUCAUCACUCCACUGUUCUACAGAUUUUUCAGAAUAUGAGACACUGUUGAGAAUAGGGAUUGUUGUGGUUUAAAACUGAUCAAUUCAGUAAUUGGAUGGUUAAAUAAAGAACUAGUGUUCCUCUUACAGGUGUCGUUAGCUUGUUUAUGUUGUCGAUAAUUUCUGUCUUUUUAUUCCUGUGUUCUUGUGACGGUUGGUUUUGUGUGUCCAUUUAUUUCUUUCCUGCAUGCUUGUUCUUAUGUCUGUCCACCUGCCUUACUGUUGGGCUGUCAGUCUUUCUCUUGUUCUGUCGGUCUGUCUGGCUGUUUGUCAGGGCCUUCGAGGUCUGUUGUACUGGUAUCCUUUGACUUUCUUCGGGCUGCAUGCGCUUUGUUUUAACUUUUCUGUUUUCCGUCUGUUUUCGGUCGUUUUUUCACCUUUCGUCUGCGCAGUUGCGUGUAAUCCUGGUGGUGUAAGAUAUGCUUCAAUAUUCCUUUUGAAUAUUGUGUUGCGUAAUAGACGAUUUUUUUCACUCCAUUUAAAUACAUGCUAUGGUAAAAUACUUGAUGGUAAAGUUAUUACAAUCCUGUAGGAGCAUGGCUUAUUCGAGUGUUCGGAUUUUGUGUCCUUUUAAACAUGCAUCUCGUAUAUGUUUAUCUUGUGUUUGACUGUAUCUAGCUGGAUGUUUCAUUUAUCAUUGUAAAAAGCAGCUGUCAAAACGAAACAUGUAUACCUUCACGUUAAGUUGAGAAAGAGUUUAAUAUUACUUGGAAAUGGAAGAUUUUUACUCAUUGUUGUCAAAUGCAUGUAAACAUUAUUUGGAAAGAAUUGAUGUAUUAUCAUUGUUUCAAACUUUUGCGGACAAGGAAUAGAGAAGAGUACCCGUCCAAGACAAGAAUGGAUCCAUUCAAAUCUCAAAGCGAUCGAAAUUUCACUUCCCUGGUGUCUGAGAUAAUGAUCAAGAAUGAGACCUUGCUGUCUGCGCAUCAUGCUGAGAGGAGUGACUCUGGACUGUACAAGGCGCAGUUCUUGAAAUGGUGGGAAGAAAGAGGAAGAGAUGAAAAACUCAAAGAGGAAGAUGCGAUUGAGACAAUCAAAAGGCGUCUGGAAGAGAUUGGAGGAAUGAUGACCAGUCGACGCCCAAGAGUCGUCGAGAAUUCAAUGGACAGAAUGGCCACACCACUACGUGAACAUGUGAAGCGGCUUAGUGCAAUCACACCGAAGACUUACAGGAGGCUCCGACUGAAAGACAAGGGGAGCUUGAAGGUUAAUGCAGUUUACAAGUUCCGGUAUGCAUCAACGAUGGUUCGAAUAAUAUCACGUCGAUGUCGAGCUGGCAAAAAGUACCUGCCGCUAGAAAGUUCCUCUGACAAUCCCGAGUCAAAUCCCGAAGUGAAUGCUGCACUCAAGACUAGUAAAGAAGCUGAACUCAAAAAAUUGAACUCGGUGGCAACAAUGAAAACAAGUAUUGGCUGGGAUCUCCAGAUGAAUCUUACAACGCAGCCGCAGUACCGCACCGCCGAACAAUUGAAACACAUUCUGUACAUGAUUCAUGCCCAUAAAGCCUUUACCAUCUUCUCGAGUGAUUGUGAGACUGAGUUGGCACGAUGUCUGUCCUAUGAACGAUACGAUGACGGUAGAAUCAUUGCUUGCCAAGGCAGACCACCGGAUCGGUUUUAUUAUGUUGUAUCAGGCAAAGUAAACCUCGUUCGAGAGUAUGAAUUACAGACGGGAACCAUGACGAAGUCCCUGGGUUUCCUCAAGAAGGGAAGCUUCAGUGAUAGAGAAGAACUUGAGAAGCAAUGGAAUCGACAAUCCAGUCUGAUUUGCCAGGGACCGGUCGAAGUUCUACUGUUGAAUAAAGAGGAUUUUUUUAACCUCCAAAACACUCACGCCGGCCCACCGAUUGAAUUUCUCAGAUCACAGUAUUUAUUCUCGGAAUUCCCUUGCCAUCUUUUCAGCCAGCAUCAUGAGGCAAUUGAAUGCAAGUUCUAUAGCCCGGAACGACUUGUAGCUAGAGACUCUAACAGCACAAGGUGGAUAUUUGUCAUUAAAUCGGGAACGUGCAAAUGUAUACGACGACAGUUUGUUGCUGAUGUAAAAAGCGACAAAAAGUUCAGCAAGAAGAAAGGCUUGGACAAGCUUGGAUGCGUGAAACAGCCGUCGCAUGCGGAUGCUAUGAUUGGAGCUGGACUGAAGAAACUUGUUGAAGAAGGACAACACAACUUCGAUCAUGACUUGGAGAUGAGUAAGAUCCAAUUAGUGGAGGAGGCUAACAUGGUUGGUAGCCCGUACGUUGGUACCCUGGGCAUCAGCACCAAGGACACGCCACCUACGCGAGGGUUACGCAGUCGUUUGACGUCACAUUUGCGUCUAAGAUCUUCCCAAGCCACUCCACCAGAGAUUGGUGCCUCUGCCGCCGACAAGUUUCCUCGGACUCCAGGAGACAUGGGAUUUAAUUUCCAAGACUCACUCUUGGUGAAGGACUAUGCAGCCCGACGGCGCUUCCAAAGCCCCCAUCGCUCCAUUCAUUCCUUUCACGGUAGUCCCGCCCUUCUACCCCCAUUAUCCUCUGUUAUGGAUCCGCCCAUAGACAACUCCAGCGGCUGUUUCCUGAGUCCUUUUGAUCGACCGAAGCGAAAAUUCACUCAUCAACCUGUUGCGAUUCAUGCAACCACUCCCUCUGCCCAAAGAAGAGCGUAUAUCCAACUUGAUGGCCUUGUGUCUGGAGAUAUAUUUGGAUUGAAUGAUGUGGCAUUUACAGCAAGCAGUGAGCCCUCUGGAGUCAGUGUGGUCAGCGAAGGAGCGGAAAUUAUUAAGAUUAACAAAAGAUUCUUUCGAACUCAUGCCGGUGUUGUAACACUGCUCAAACUCGACACAUUGGUCCGUGAGUUUAUGUCGGAGGAAGAUGCAAGCGAGAAUUUAGAGCGGCAAGAAACAUGGUUGAGAUACAAGUCUACGUUAAUGGAACGCUUGGCACAACAUAAAUACCAGACAAACACAAAAUGGAAACGAAACCUGAAACCACUCAGUUUCUCCAUAUGAUUAUCAAGACCUCCUCAAAUUUAGCUAUAAACAUACCCCAUAAUACUUACUUUAUUAUUGCAUGAGAGCUAAAAUCACUUUACACAACAGUUUAAAGAAAAUUCAUAAUUGCCAAAGUGAUUUGUUGAGUUUAUACUCACCGGUUCUUUUAAGAGCCACACCUCGUCCAAAAGAGAUUGAUUCCAUGGUGUACCCGCAAACCCAUUUCUCAUGUUUCAUCCACCAUGCAAAGCUUCAAAUCUUACUUAAAGUGAUUUGUAAAUUGGAUAAGUUUUGAUAAUACAACAUUUACCUUGGUUAGUGUCUUGAUUAAGCUGAAACCCAACCGUUAUAAAAGAGAUUGCUUUUUUGAAUUUUAAAGUCAAAUGCUGGAAACCAUUCUGGAUAUCUGGAUCCUCUUUCGAGGCAUCAAAACUCGGCUACAUGAAACGUCACUCUUGAUUGGUCGAUCUUUAUUUGUUAAUUUGUAUGACUGUGCCUCUGUGAAUUAGUUGAAGAAACACAUAUUUGUAGACGCAUGAAAAACUGGACUCACAAAUUGAAAUGAAAUCAAAAUGACGAUUUUAUAAUAAGAAAUUUUUCACAAAGUAAUUAUUAAGGUUUUUAUUUAGCCGAUUUGUUGCUAUAUGUCAGGACUUUGAGUUUCAAAACCAAGAGUUGCAGUGGUGUUGUUAUGGAAACGGAAUGCAUCAUAAUUAUUUGAUCGCAUCGGUCGUUGUUUAAGUUAUUGUUCAGUUUACGUAUAAGCUUAUUGAAACUUUCACGAGAAAACAACCACUGAUUGUUGAAAAGUGGUUGUUUUGAGUUAAUUCUUAUAAGGAGACGAUUUGGACAAUCAUUCUUUCAAAUCAUCUGAGACUGACCAACUAAUUCAAAUAAAAUAGCGAUCGUUACUGAGUUUUUAUGGAAUAAUAACUUAGUGGGAGUCAAUUGCAUAUGAUUGUGUUCAAACACGCAUACCUGUUGAUUUGGAGAUCAAGUCCAUGGUAAGACUGCAUUGUAACCGAGGCAUAGUCCAGGCCACUAAGCCUAUUACAACACAACUUACAAGCACCACUUGAAGUUCAGCCUUUUAAAAAAACUACCUAACUAGCACCAAGGCAACCAGUGAUAAAUGAUGUUUGUAGUUGUAGUUGAUUUCAAUGUCCGGGAGAUUUACCCAGUAAACAAGUCGCCUUAUCGCCUGGUUUUGUACUGACGACCUGUGUUGAUUUGUAUAGAAGUGUUAACUACAUACAUAUCGGCAUGGAAACACGAUUCGGUGGUCAGUAAGUAUUCCACUGCGUCAAUGGAAUGAUUUCCAAUGUGGUGUAGACGUGUACGUUUGACGGUAAAUGGUGAUGUUAGCAGUUGUUAUGGAGAAAACUGACAUGAGUUAAGUGUAAUUCCUAUAGGUUCUACUUUGACAAUGACUGGAGGGCGAGUUUGUAACAGCCAGCAGUAUGACACGUUUCAACUGGUAGUAAGAAAUAAGAACUUGCUCUGUUUGAAAGCCUUCAAUGAAAAUGAAA